AGCCAUAAAAAAACCUCAUUCUUUACAUCAUCCCCUGUUUUUCAUCAUCACCAAAAACAAAAAUUUAAAAAUGGCGGUUGAAUUAUAUACAGAAAGUCCUUCAAGUAGAGAAAUGAGUCCUAGAAUUUCAUUCUCUCAUGAUCUUAAAAACUCAGAAAUUGUUCCAAUUGAACCCUUAAAAUCAUCUCUUCUUGAUUACGAUUUCGACUUUUGUGUCACUCGAAAAAGCUCUGAUCAAGAACCUACAUUAGCCGAUGAAUUAUUUGCAAAUGGGAUAAUUCUUCCAAUUCAAAUCAAGAAAAAAAAUAUACCCACAAUUUUAAAAUCAAAAUCAUUCUCUCCAUCUUCUUCUUCAUCAUCUUCAUCGUUGUAUUCAGCAUUCUUGCCACCAUUGCCGCCGUCCUCUGUUUUAAACAACGGCGGCGAAAGCGAAAAGGAAACAGAGGAAAAACAGAGCAACAACAACAAUUCUGGCAAAUCAACAUUUUGGACAUUCAAAAGAAGCAAAAGUUUGAAUUGUGGGAGUAUUUAUAAAAGAGGAUUAUGUCCUUUACCUCUUUUAUCAAGAAGUAAAUCAACUGGGUCUUCAACAAGUGCUAAAAGAUCAUUGAUUUCGAAAGAAGAAAAACAGUGUUAUUUGAAGAAUUCAAGCUCCAGUAAUCAUCAAAAACCUCCAUUGAAGAAGAAUUUUGGUGGGUCUUCGUUUAAUUCUGGUGUAAUUCAUGUAAGCCCUGUUCUUAAUGUUCCAACUGGCAAAGUUUUUGGGUUGGGCUCUAUUUUUUCUACUGGCAAAGAUAGAAGCAAGAAGAAAUAAAUUUCAAUCUUUAAUUUUUUAAUUUUAUUUUUUAUGAUUAGUUGAUUGAGUUGCUUGAUAUUUCUUCUAAUUAGAUUUUUAAUUUAUUUUUUUAUUAAAUUUAGCUGGUGUGAUAUGGUGGUUAAAAUUAAAUUAUAUAGCAUGUGAUUAGGUAUUAGAAAGGGAGGGUAAAGAAAUAGAGAUUAGGGAUGUGAAGAUAUCCCACAUGGAAUGGAGUAAAAGACAGGUAACUAAUUUGCUUCUAUUUUUGGAUUUAUAUUUUUUUACCCUUUUUUUGGUUUGUUAUAUACUUAUAUUUAUCUUUGUUAAUAAAAUGGGAGAAAAUACAAGUACGAGUA